GACAGGUGCUUGAACCAAUGCGCUGCUCUACCUCCCCUUGUUGCCUUCGCGUCCACAUCGCUUUUGUUUUGAUUCCACAGCUAGUGGGCGGUGUUUGAGCCGGUGAUGUCACACUUCUUGAAGACAAGGGGGCGGACCCUGUGUUCUGCAGGGUGAAGUAAGAAGGCAUCUGGUGCCGCUGAUAGAGGCUGAGCCUGGAGCUGGGCGAACUGAAGCCUUUAUCCUGGACAUAGCGGCUGGAUGCAGAAGGACACACGGAGCCGAGGGGAGACGCGUCAGGCAGGGCAGACAGCCUUCAAAACAGUAGUUGGAUAGGAGUCAAUACUUCUGCUCCUCUGAGCAUCAGCAGCAAUGUCUGGAAUCGGUUACGCUGACAGAAGCAAAUAAAAAUACUUCAGACGUUUUCUAAUUCCUUGGAAACAAGACUUGAAAAGAGAAAUUCUACAAACCAUGGGCCUCAGAAUGCAGCUACACAGAAUAUUUCCAAAUUGGAAGAGUUCUUAAUGCAACCAUAGUUUUAACAAAGAUGGAGGUCUUCUAGUUUAUCCCUUCUGCUCCUGCUGCUUGCAAAGCAGCGCCACUACAUGAUCACAUGACUCUGGAUAUGGACUCAGUCCUGUCAGACUUUGUUCGGUCCACAGGGGCUGAACCGGGUCUGGCAAGGGACUUGCUUGAAGGAAAAAACUGGGAUCUCACUGCAGCUUUAAGUGACUACGAACAACUUCGACAGGUGCACACAGCAAAUUUGCCUCAAGUAUUUAACGAAGGGAAAUACUAUAAGCAGCAGCAGGAGAGAGAAAUCACCCAACAUAUCAAUAAAAUUGAGAAACCAAACCUCCAAAGACAGGAUGACAUUGCUCAAGAAAAGAGACUCUCCAGAGGCAUUUCCCAUGCCAGCUCAGCCAUUGUUUCCCUUGCUCGGCUCCAUGUGGCCAAUGAAUGCAGCAGCGAGCCAUUUCCUCUUGAAAUGCCCAUCUACACAUUCCAACUACCAGACCUCAGUGUGUACAGUGAAGACUUCAGAAGCUUUAUUGAACGGGACUUAAUUGAGCAAUCAACAAUGGUGGCUUUAGAACAGGCAGGGAGAUUAAACUGGUGGUCAACAACAUGUUUAAGUUGCAAACGUCUUCUGCCCUUAGCAACAACUGGAGAUGGAAAUUGUCUUUUACAUGCUGCCUCUUUGGGGAUGUGGGGAUUUCAUGACAGAGAUCUGGUUCUGAGAAAAGCCCUUUAUACUAUGAUGAGGAACGGAGCUGAAAGGGAUGCACUGAAAAGACGAUGGAGGUGGCAACAGACACAGCAGAACAAAGAGUCUGGGCUGGUUUACACAGAGGAUGAGUGGGAACGAGAGUGGAACGAACUACUAAAGUUGGCAUCUAGUGAACCCCGGACACACUUCAGCAAAAAUGGAGGCUCUGGUGGUGGAGUUGAUAAUGCAGAAGACCCAGUGUAUGAGAGCCUGGAAGAGUUCCAUGUGUUUGUACUGGCCCAUAUUUUGAGGCGACCCAUUGUUGUAGUUGCAGAUACAAUGCUCCGGGACUCUGGGGGAGAAGCCUUUGCACCUAUCCCUUUUGGCGGAAUCUAUUUACCUCUUGAAGUCCCACCCAACAGAUGCCAUUGCUCACCCCUGGUCUUGGCCUACGAUCAAGCCCAUUUCUCAGCACUUGUGUCCAUGGAGCAGAAAGAUCAACAACGUGAGCAAGCUGUGAUCCCUUUAACUGACUCAGAACACAAGCUUCUACCUUUGCACUUUGCGGUUGAUCCUGGGAAGGACUGGGACUGGGGCAAGGAUGACAAUGAUAACAUCAAGUUAGCCAGUCUGAUCCUUUCUCUGGAGGCCAAACUGAACCUUCUGCACAGCUAUAUGAAUGUAACCUGGAUACGCAUCCCCUCAGAAACACGGGCACCCUUGGCUCAACCCGAAUCCCCGACAGCUUCCACAGGAGAAGAUGUACAGUCACUGGCGGAUUCCAUGGACUCUGAUCGAGACUCCAUCUGUAGUAAUUCUAAUGUCAACAAUGGAAAAACUGGGAAAGACAAAGAAAAACAAAGAAAGGAGAAGGAAAAGAAUAGAACUGAUUCAGUGGCAAAUAAGCUUGGAAGUUUCAGUAAAACACUGGGUAUUAAGUUGAAAAAGAACAUGGGGGGUCUUGGGGGAUUAGUUCAUGGCAAAAUCAGUCGAGCUAAUUCAGGCAAUGGGAAGAAUGGGGACUCAACUGACAAAGUUAAAAAGUCCAAGUCUCGGAAGGGAAGCAAAGAGGAAUCAGGACAGUCUGCUAGUACUUCCCCAUCUGAGAAAACAACUCCAUCACCCACCGAUAAAGCUAGCAUUUCUCCUGUUGAUAAACUAACCAACAGAUCACUUUCAGAUAAUAAGUCUGACCCAUGGAAAUAUAGCACAGAUGUAAAACUCAGCCUUAAUAUAUUGAGAGCAGCCAUGCAAGGGGAACGUAAGUUUAUCUUUGCAGGACUUCUUCUCACCAGUCACCGACAUCAGUUCCAUGAGGAAAUGAUUGGUUUCUACUUAACCAGUGCCCAGGAACGUUUCAAUGCUGAGCAAGAGCAGAAAAGGAAAGAGGUUGAGAAGAAAGCUGCUGUCAAUGGAUCAUCGAGUAGAAAGCUAGAUCAAGAUGGUUUUGCGAAAGAUAAGCUGGAUUCCUCACCUCAGGACAGGGCAUCACCAAUCUUGCCUCAAAGCCAUACAACACAGCUUGUUCUAAAACUCAAAGACCGUUCCAGUCCAACCCCAACAUCAUAUCCCUCACCCAACAAUGGUGCUAAAAAAUGUGGCCCCAUUCCAGUAUCUGCACACUAUAGCCAUACACCUCCAGUCCAAAGGCAAAGUGUUAUCCAUUUACAUGAUGUCAACUCCAAGUCGCCAAGCUUCCAAGAUAACCCUUAUAGGCCAACAAUAGGCUCCUUAAAAACUUGUGCUACAUAUCCCCAACAAAACCGGUCGUUAUCUUCACAAAGUUAUAGCCCGGCAAGGUUAUCUGGUAUACGCACAGUGAACACAGUGGAAUCUCUUACAUAUGAAAAGCCUUCAGAGCAUAAAUCUCAGACAUAUACAAACGGGUUUAACUCUAGUGAUAUCAGAGACUGCUUGGAAUAUGCUGAUGAGGAAACCUCUCAGACACGGUUGAACAAUGACAAAAACAGCAGAGGCAGAAGCACAGGUUGUCCAAUCUAUUUACUCCAUCAGAGCAGGUGUAAAAGAGAGAAUUGUUCUUUUUAUGGGCGUCCUGAGACUGAAAAUUACUGUUCUUACUGCUACAAAGAGGAGUUGAAGCGACGGGAUAAGGAAAGUAAAGUUCACAGGCACUGAAUGGUCCACACCACAUCUAUCCUUUUAUACAUGCAAAACUUCAAUACUAAACUCACUUUAAUUGUAAUAGAACAAAUUAGCCAAAUUAGAAUAAAGACAGGGAUGAAAUGACACUGGUAUGUGGGUAAUAAUGUAAAGGCAUAAUACCUUUAUAUUGCGUUUAUCCCUGCUCAUGUUCAUGUGUUAAGCUGAAAGGUUGUUUAUAUCACAGUAAGCGUGUGGUUAUUAUUAACUAAGGUGCCUGAUUUUUUUUCUAUCUCUCAGGUAAGUAGAAAGAAACAUUCAAUAUUUCUAAUAUCACUAUUGGCUUUGUGCAGUCAGAGAUGAUCUUUGGCUUUCAUGGUUUUAUUGAUUUCCUAGGUGACCCAAGCAUACAUUUCUACUAACUUUUUAGUCACUUCAUGUACAUUUUACAUUUAAAGGUUUUGUAAUGUGGUCUUCAUUUUUGUGGAUCGUGGCAACAAUAAAGAGAAAAAGAUCUUGUGAGGCUGAAAACGGCAUGAACCAUUCUAAAUGCAAAAGUCACUAUGAAUCAUCUAUCCUGAAAAUGGGAUUCCUUGAAGGGGGAAUUAGUAUUGCAAGACUAAUUAGGUCAUUAGCAGACAAAGAGGGCACUUUAUCUUACUCGAAUAUAAUGCAGCUGUUCCCAUAUUCAUAACUGCCAUUCUGUCCUUUAUUGUCCAUAAUGCAAUACUGAUGGAAAAUGCCCAGGGACAUGAUAAACCAUAGUUGACAUCUGCAUGUUCCUUACAAUAUAACUAUUUCAAGGUCAGGGCAACUGGAAUCAUAUCAAGAACUAAAGCAGAGAUACCCUACUAUUAAUUGUGGCAGAUCAACAAUACUUUUUGCAGUGAUGUCAGACUCUCAGACACUCCUAAACCAGUGACUGGACUGUGAGAGUUACAGUUCACAGAAGAAAUAGUUAUGGGCUAAGCAUCUUAAGGUCACUUAUUAGACUAGAGGCUGAUUAUCUAACUUAGGCGCUAUAUAAUACCAGUGCAGAUGCCAGGAGCAUCUAUUCACUUACUAGUUUUGAUCAAACAACUACAGGUAAUGCAAUUAAAGUAAUGCAAUGAUAAAGUUUAGUACCUCUUAGUAAAUAAGCCGACAUAACUUAAUAAAGUAAACAAGGGAAAUAUCUAGGCACUUGUAGGCUUGGAUACCAAUUUUCUACUUUUUCUCACCACUAUUCUGUGUACUGUGUACAGGGGAAUACUGCAAUCAGGUGUGAUAAAUUCAGUAUAAAAUAUAUUAUUUUCAGCCAUAAAUAAAAUAUAUUAUUUUCAGCCAUAUAUAUUUUUAGGGUUUAAUUGUACUUUAAAGAGUCAGGAAACCUACAUCUUUUAAAAAUGGUGUAGCCUGUGCUAUCAAUAAGAUUUACAGUUGUUCUGCAGGUCUUUUUGGCUUUUACGUUUGCACUGGCCCUAGCAACUAGUCUGUUGUGUGGAUGACAGAUUAUAAUUGGACUCUAGCAUCACAUUCAAACUGUGCACUGGUUGCUAGGCUCGGGGACUAUUCCAAGCAUUAACCUUGGUAGGCUUUCAGUGGGAGAGAAUAGUAUCUUCAGUUUAUAUACUCCAUUUCAGAAUCAUCCCAAAUAUUCCUUUAGUCUAGGCAGGUGUGUUUUAAAGAACCUUUUGCGUGCUACACAUCCCCUUUUGUCUUUGACUGAGAGCAUCCAUUCAGUGUAAGGUUUUCAUUGCUUUAGAAUGUGCUUAGUGACAAUCACCAGGCAAGAUGCUUGCUUCUGAAUUCACUGCUGCUCCAUAUGUUCCAGCCAAACACAUUAUAAACAACUUCAGCUUCAUAAGGUAUAGCCUACAUGUCAUAAUAAAUAUCUCAGUUUGCA